UCACAGGCGCGCGCGCCUACGUCUCUGCGAUCUCGCUUCCUCUCACACAAACCCAACUCUCUCCCACCUCGUCUGUAUUAAAGGCACCUUCCCGAUAACUUCAUCCGCGAAGCAGCGGCGGUAUCUUUGUAAAGCCGGAGCGGGUGCUGUCGGGACCGGAGCCGAGGUCUAGACUUGGGCUGGGGCCUGUGGUGCAGUAGCCGCCAAACCGGCACGGCGGCGCAGAUGAAGGCUCGGGAGGCACUGACGAGCGCAGCCACACUCGCCUCGCACAGUGCGGGGCUGCAGGUACUGUUUCGGGUGCUCACCUUCAUUUUGAAUGGCUAUACAUUGCGCUAUGUAUCCAAGGAGACCGUUGGUAUUGUCAAUGUCAGACUCAUGCUCCUGUAUUCUACAGUUGUGUUCCUUGCUCGAGAAGCCUUUCGGAAAGCUUGCUUAAAUGUCGGUGUGGAGCGGAAGUGGCCCCAGAUUAUAAACCUGCUCUGGCUAACGGUUCCCCUGGGGAUAUUUUGGGCCCUACUCUUGGCCUGGGCAUGGCUCAAUUUGGUGGAAAUUCCAGACCCAGCAGUUAUACCUCACUAUGAGGUUGGAGUGAUGGCAUUUGGAAUUUCUGCUGUGGUGGAACUUCUCUCUGAGCCUAUGUGGGUGCUGGCUCAGGUACAUAUGUUGGUGAGGUUAAAGGUGAUUGCGGAAAGUCUGGCCAUGGCAGUGAAGUGUAUACUGACGGUGGUGUGCAUCACCCUUGUACCAUACUGGGGUCUCUAUGUAUUUUCUCUGGCCCAGCUCCUGUACUCAAGCACACUCCUCAUGUGCUACCUGCUGUAUUUCAUGAAAUUCAUUGGCUCAGAGGAAGCACAGAAGAGAUCUUUCCCUCUCUGUACAUUGACUGACCUGCUGCCUAAAUCUUUGCCUUACCAACAUGUUGUUGAUCUACGACUGGCCAAACUGACUUGGACCUUUUACAAACAGUGUUGUCUCAAGCAGAUCCUGACGGAAGGUGAACGAUACCUCAUGACAUUUCUCAACAUACUAAAUUUUGGCGAACAAGGUGUCUAUGAUAUUGUGAAUAAUCUGGGAUCGCUGGUGGCGAGGUUCCUCUUUCUUCCCAUUGAGGAAAGUUUCUACAUUUUCUUCGCUAGCGUUCUUGAGCGAGGGAAGGAAACAAGGCACCAGAGAGAGGAAGAAGUUCGUCUCGCAGCAGUUGUUCUGAAGAUGCUUCUAAAGCUCGUUCUACUAAUUGGAGUGACCAUCUCUGUCUUUGGCUAUUCCUAUUCUGAAUUGGCACUGGAUAUCUACGGUGGAUCAAUGCUCAGCUCUGGACCAGGCCCAGGUCUCUUGCGUUGUUAUUGUGUCUAUGUGUUGCUGAUAGCUGUUAAUGGAGUGACAGAAUGUUUCACAUUUGCUGUAAUGAGUAAUGAGGAGGUUGGCAGGUAUAACUUUGUGAUGCUGGCCUUGUCACUUUCAUUCCUUGGACUUUCAUAUUGCUUAACUUUGUGGCAAGGAGCUGUUGGGUUUAUUUUAGCAAACUGUUUGAACAUGGCAUUGCGAAUUAUGCACAGUCUGCGGUACAUCAGCUGUUAUUUCCGACCCACUGAACAUCGGCCCCUCAGAGGCCUCCAACUCUCAGCACCUUUAUUCUUGGCUUACCUCGCUAGUGGAAUAGUGACAGUUCUCUCACAGGUAAUGUUAUGCUGUGGGCAAGGGUUGAUGUUCCGAUCGCUUCACAUUCUGUUUGGGGCACUCUGUUUAAUCAUGGUCCUUGUCACAAUCAUCUUCUCGGAGCCCAAGCUUGUUCAGUUCAUCAGAGGUCACUUCCUCUCUCAGAACAAAACCAAAAUGGUUAAAUGGGACUGAAAGCAGUGGUGUAAAGACUGAUGCUGACAGUCCAACUCUCUGGACAACCGCACUCUGGGACCAAAGCACUGGAUUCUUAUGCCCCUUUCCCCGUGUGUCAACUGUAUAAAAUCCACGUGAAUAAAAGACUGACCACUUGGAAA